AUGGCGAGGAAGAAGUGGUUGUGUUGUGCUAGAAAAGUUGCAUGUACAACUUUACACACUCCUCCGGAAUGAAUCGACACGAUAAAAGCCUCAAGAGGCUGGUGAAAAUUAACUUUAACACUCGAUCGAAGACGACAUUGGCAAUUAAUUAUUUUGUUUGCUGCUCCAAGGUUUCCAUCAGAGAGAUUGACAGUGAAAAGUAUAAACUGAUGCUAGUCGUGGAAACAUUAAAUUAUAGUAAUGAGAAGUUGGAAAACAAUUAUUGUUUUUUGAAAUGAAUAGUUAGUAGCAUUAGAGAAUUUCAUCCAUGAACUAUGGAGGACUACACACCAGUAGAUGAAGACUUUCCAGGACGUUUGCUCCAUCAGGCAGCACUAUGGGACAAUGCGGAACUAUUAGAAGAUCUACUUCGUGGCGAGCACUUGCAAUACAUCAAUAGUCAGGAUUCGUGGGGUCGAACAGCAUUACACGCCGCUGCAAUUACCGAAAAUUCGCGUUGCCUCGAAGUAUUACUUCGAGCUGGAGCCAAUGCUAAUUUACCAUGUGGUCCUCGAGGACAGUACAGAAUACCUCUGCACGUGUGUGCCGAACAUGGGCAUUCAAGUAACAUCGAGACAUUGUUGAAGUACAGUUGUAAUCUGAUGGUUAUGGAUAGUAAUGGGAUGACGGCGUUACAGCUUUGCGAGAAAAAUAAUAAUAUAAGAUGCUGCGAAAUACUCAGACAUGCUAUUGACAGAUUUGAAAAGGCACGUUUAGACACCCACGCAGCUCUGAGAGUAGCCUGCAUGCAGGCAGAUUGCGCAGCAGCCCGAGCUAUUAUCCAAGGUCGAACGAUGGAAGACCUAGAAUAUAUAUUGAACAUGGCGCCAAAUGGUUCUAAUACAUUGUUGUUCAUCGCAAGCGAAACGGGUCAGAAAGACGUUGUAAAAUUGUUACUAGAUCAUGGGGCUGACUGUACUAUUCAUCCGGUUACUAAGUACUGUCCACUGUACAUAGCUUGUUACAAUGGAAAAUUCGAGAUUGUUGAGAUGUUGCUGAGGCAGUUCCCUAAACAAGUACAAUUGUUGACUGUAGAAAAAUGGUUACCCGUUCACGCGGCUGCUAUCAAUGGACAUUAUGCAGUUAUCGAACUGUUACUUAAGUUCGAGUAUCCUCCUAAUCUAUAUCAAAAAUUUAAAGAUCCGAGUGGUGAAUUCGAAUACGAGAUGCCAUUUGAUAUAAAUACUCAAGACGUAACGGAUCAAAAUAUACUCUACAUAUCGAGUGUGCUAGGAAAUCUGAAAAUUAUUGAGCUGCUAUUAAAUUACAAAGUGAAAGCGCGAAAUUUAAUGGAAGACGAAUCGAGCUCACAACCAAUACCUGUGUCAAAGAGACGGAUAUCUAGUGGCAUUCAACGACUCAUGUCUAGUCUGAAUUUCAGAGGCCGUUCAAUUGAAAAGAAAGACGAGAAUCUCAUUUGUCCUUUGAAUCUUGAUUUGUAUUGCAAUAAUAAUAUGGAGACUGCGUUACAUGCUGCGGUGAAAGGAAGACAUCUAGACGUCGUUGCCGCACUUUUGCAGGCUGGAGCAAAUUCAAAUUUGCCCGUUAAAAUAACUAACGAACAGACCGAUUCAGAGUCAUACACUACGAGUUUGACGAUUGCUUGCCAAAAUCGUGACGUAAAGAUCGUCGAUCUGUUACUCAAACAUGGCGCAGUCGAUAACGAUUGCACGGCCUUGAAAAUUGCGGCACGUAACAGUGACGAAGUACUGACAGCCAAACUUUUGUCCAUCAAAGCACACCCCGACGCUGAGUACAAGAUCAAUAAAAAAGCUAUGACGGAAAAUUCGCAAACUUCGUCGCCGUUUCCAGCUUUGUCGAAUUUCAGUGGUGUGACCUAUUCGGCGUUGUAUCCUAGUACUCCGACAAUGAUUAAUUGGCACGAUCAACAGUGCAGAUUGUCUCAAAUUAGGUCACAGUGGUUAGUGGACGCAGUGUUGCAUGUAAACAAGAAGUUGAACGUGAAGAACAAUGAUUUAGUGCUGUACGCCAUCACAAGGAUUGAUAUCUCUCAAAAUUCAAUCAGUUCGGUGCCGUCUACUAUUUUUUAUCUUCGGAGUUUGAGGUAUUUAAAUAUGGCCCAAAAUAAAAUAGAAGCUUUAAUGGCAGAAUCAAAAAGCUCUAAAGACAAACUAUGCCCGGUACUCGAGGAAAUCUACCUCCAAGACAAUCGUCUUGAGCAAUUACCAGAAUUUAUCAUGAACAUGCCCUCUCUAGAAAUAAUGGAUGUAUCGAACAACAAACUUCAAUGUUUACCAGACAACCUAUGGCGAGCACCAAAACUGAAAGAACUCAAUGCCUCGUUCAACUUAUUACGCGAUUUGCCAAGUCAAGUGUUUCAAAAUAUCAGCAGAAAAGGCAGAGAAGAUUCAUUAUCGAACAGUCCCAGUUGCAGAAAUCUCGCAACACAGCUUACAUUGCCAAGAGAUGAUUCAUUAGAUUUCGACUCGUAUUUUUCAAAGAUUGCCAAUGCGAGGGUCGUCGAAAUGGAAAGGCCAUUCGAGUGGACAAAAACAGUGCAGGUUAUGGAAAAAAUUACCGAUGACACCGAACAAACAAGUAAUAAAUCGGCAUUGGCGUCACUGAAUCUUGCCCAUAAUCUCUUUACUAGUAUUCCUGUGGCUUUACCUUGUUUGGCUGUGAGUUUAGUGAGAUUAAACAUGGCUUACAAUUCUUUGAGAUCCAUGAGUCAUAUUACUUCGUAUCCGUCUACUUUAAAGCAAUUAGAUCUAUCCAAUAAUCAGAUAUCUUGUUGGCCGAGUUUGCCACAGGUUGAUGGUGCCGAUGAGAUGGAGCAAGCAAACACCGCAUGCUACUGUCCUUCGACAGGCGUUCAAUCCCCAACAGUUCCUACAAAUCGUCAAACCGCCACGUCUUUGCGCGACGUCGUUUUAAUGUCGGUUUGCACUCACCGUCGCCAUUUGCGACUGGAAAAUUUACGGACGCUAAUUCUUGCCAAUAACUUACUUACUCGAAUUCAAUUGACGUCGAUUGACGAUGGCGAUUCGUCUUAUGCUACCGAUGAUGAUUCGGAUAAAGAUUCAAAAUCUAGUCAUUCAUCAAAAAUGUAUCUUUUAUUUCCCAACGUCAGCAUGUUAGAUGUUAGCAAUAAUCAGUUGAAGGAGAUACCUUCGAAUAUUUACGAAUUAAACAAUCUCUCUGUGUUGAAUGUUAGUGGGAAUGUUGAUAUUACGGAGUUGCCUCCGCAAAUGGGUUUAUUAUCUAGGCUGUGGAAUCUUAAUACUCAAGGUUGUAAAUUACAAGAGCCUUUGAAAUCUAUGAUUGAAUCAAAGAAGUACAAAACUAUGGAUGUCAUUGGUUAUUUGAAGUCUGUACUCGAGGAUGCCAAACCUUAUGCAAGGAUGAAGCUUAUGAUUGUUGGAAUUCAGGGCAUUGGAAAAACUAGUCUUCUCGAGCAGCUACGACAAGAAGGUGACGUGCCAAAUAAGAAAAAAUCCUUGGAUCACUGGGCUAAACGAAUGGGAAAUAAGAAUAUCAACUCAAAAACUGCUCGGGGUACGACUAUGUCUACUGUUGGAGUAGACAUCGGUGACUGGAUCUACGAGAAGAAAGUUCGAGGUCAGUCUUCUCACGGACCCGUCUACUUUCGUACUUGGGAUUUCGGUGGUCAGCGCGAAUAUUACGUCACGCAUCAAUACUUCUUGUCAAAGAGAAGCCUUUAUCUUGUGGUUUGGCGUAUUAUUGAUGGUUUUAAGGGUGUUAAUGAGAUAUUCCAAUGGCUCGUAAAUAUUCAAAGCCGCGCACCCAAUUCACCCGUUAUAAUCAUUGGCACACACUACGACAUUGCAUACGAACAAAGUGAAGCCCUGCAACAGUACAUUCGCGACAAGUUCAUCAAUGUCGUGGAUGCGGAAAAGUGUGGUUUACCUAAAGUUAUGGAAACAAUUGAAAUUAGUUGCAAAACAAGACAUAAUAUUAAAAUGUUGUGCAAUUUAAUAUACGAUGUAGUGUUCAGUCUUAGAUCACCUGGCUCAAAGGAAUUGUUAUUGGAACAAAGAGUUCCAGCGAGUUAUUUAGCUCUUGAGGAUGUUGUAGUUCAAUUAGCACAUGAAAGGCGUUUCUGCGGUGCAGAUCCCGUAUUACGAGCUGAUCAAUAUUAUGCGACAGUCAACACUGAGCUUCAAAAAAUGAAUAGGUCCUUUAGGGAUCCAGCAGAACUGCAUCAGGCUACUUUAUUUUUACACGAGAACGGCAUUAUUUUGCAUUAUGAUGACGCAACCCUCAAGGAUUUAUAUUUCCUUGAUCCUCAAUGGUUGUGCGAUAUGCUAGCUCACAUAGUAACUGUAAGGGAGAUUAAUCCUUUCGCAAGGUCAGGUAUUAUGAAGCUUGACGAUAUUCAGCAUGUAUUCAAAUCCUCGACCAUAUCAACUUCUGAUACUCAGGGUUACAUUGUAAGUCUACUGAACAAGUUUGAAGUAGCAUUAACUUGGGACUCACGAACGUUACUUAUUCCGUCAUUAUUACCUACCGAAGAAGAACUUCUUCGGAGUAAUAUUACUAUAAAAAUUCCAGUGAAGUCGCGAGUUUGGCAUAUGCGUAGUAAAAUGAUCAGCUCUCCAAUGGUAUCAUACGGUCAGUCACCUGGUACUGAUAAAUUGAAUAAUACGGAAGGUGUAUUAACAUCUCGACCGCAGCCUAUUUGUUCUAUAACGCGAUUACUUCUCAUGUCUUACUUUCCAAGUGGAUUUUGGUCACGUCUUAUUACUCGCAUUUUAGCUGACGAUACAAUAGUUGAAAUUGUUAUGUCAUUCUUGACACCAUUCAAUAACUUUGUUGACGAUAAAAUUUUUGUAACGUUACUUGAAACAAAUGCUGAAUGGGUUCUUUGGCAAACAGGCGCUGAACUUCGCUACUGCGGUAUAACGUUACUGCGUUUGAAAGAAGUCAAUUGCAGCCUUCACAAUUCUCCACAUAACUACAGCAAACAUAAAUUUAAAUUAAAGCAGGAUGGCAUAUGGUGCUUGGUCGACUUAAAAUCCUCAGCAGUUCUGGAAAUCUGGUUUCCCGUAGACACAUUAGUAAUCAAGCAACCUAUCCCAGCAACCGAUUCUGAUGAUGAUGAGGAGCCAAUAGGCUACCAAGCUAUCACCGUUGAGCCUCAACCCGAAAGUAUGCCACAGUUACUUGCAUUGAUUGUUGAUCACAUCGAUAUUUUACUCGAGGAUUGGUAUCCUACUUUGGGUACAAGAUUCGUUCAUACAUCCGAAGGGAAGCUAUUAGUAACGAGAUUAAUUCCAUGCCCAAAAUGUUUGAUUGACAGUGGAGAAAACGAAAGUGAAUCAUUUAAUAAUUCAGAGCAUUCGUCCGAAGAUAUUCCAAAGUAUUAUAUGAACAAGGAGCGUCAAAGCCAAGACAGUUACAAAUCCGACGGCGAUAGCGGAGUAGGGUACGACAGUUCUACGUCCAGCCGUAUGCCUUCCCUCGAAGGUCAUCCCGAUAUCUCCAAACAAUACAUGCCAUUAUCGGACGAAACUUUCACCAUAUAUUCGUGGAUGGUCGAAGAAUGCAUCCUCUCGGCUUAUAGUAACAAGUCAAUCAGCUGUCCAAAGCACUCAGACAUUUCGUUGUCUCUCGUGGCUCCGGAUAUUAUCUUCAUGGAUUUGGGAACAAAACAUUUCAUCAGAUCUGAUGACAUCAAGCGAGGAAAGAUGCUGGGUCGCGGUGCUUUUGGUUUUGUUUUUAAAGGCACUUGCAGAUUACCCGGUAGGCUACAGAGAGUCGAUGUGGCGAUGAAAAUGUUGCAGCCAGUACCUCCGGGACCCAACUCAAAACAAUCAGCAGUGUUGGCUUACAAAGCAGCACAGAGUAAAUGGGAUAGAGAUCCACUGCAAUACGCCUGCAAAGCUUACUGUACAGCAAGACAAGAAUUAAACAUCCUCUUGACGCUGAAGCAUCCUAACAUAGUACCACUUGUUGGAAUUGUUAUCAGUCCUCUAGCUUUAGUACUAGAUUUGGCACCUGAAGGAGCGUUGAACAACGCACUUAAAAAUUACAGAAGAUCAGGUGCGAAACUUGAUCCAUAUACGCUUCAAGCUAUCAUACUUCAGGUUGCCAAAGCUGUGGAGUAUUUACACCAGCAACACGUUAUAUACAGAGACUUAAAGUCUGAAAACGUGUUAGUCUGGCAAAUGCCACUGCCAUUCCAAGAAACUUAUCACGAACGUCCGGUACGCAUUAAAGUAGCCGAUUAUGGGAUCUCGCGACUCACGCUGCCUUCUGGUGCGAAAGGUUUUGGUGGUACAGAAGGAUUCAUGGCACCGGAAAUAAUUAGAUACAACGGAGAAGAAGAAUAUACAGAAAAAGUAGAUUCAUUCUCCUUCGGCAUGUUCAUUUACGAGUUGAUAACCUUGAGGCAACCUUUUGAAGGACAUGAGGCGGUAAAAGAAUGCAUUCUCGAAGGUGGCAGGCCACCGUUAACUUUCAGCGAGACACUGCAUCCUUGCUACGCGCUGGAUCUUAUGGUUAUAUGUUGGGCACAGAAUCCAAAGGAUAGACCAGCUGCUAGUCAAAUCGUGUCGAUAGCUUCUGCGCCAGAAUUUACGCAUUUGGUAGACGUUACUUUGCUUACCGAGAGAACUCAGGUGACGGCGAUAACAAUGAUGAACCGUCCAAUCGACGAGAACAAUGUUGGCAAUGAGAUCUGGCUAGGUCACAACAACGGGGAAGUAGAUAUGCUUCUAGGUACGCUGAAAGGUUGGCUGCAACAUGUAAGAAUCGAUACUCCUGUUGUACCUUAUGCCAUGUGUAGCAUCGACGGUUACAUCUGGAUUGGCGAUAACUCUGGCCAAUUACAUAUCUAUUUGGGUACCAAUUUCGGAUGCGUUGGUAGUUUUCGUCUGGAGCCUGAUCGACAUAAAGAGUCGAAGAUCGUCGCUUUGAUCUACAUAGAUCAAUUGAAACACUUUGCAGUAGCGUUGCACAGCGGAAAAGUCGUACUGGUAGCAAAUAGUUUUACACAAAUGCGGAAAAUUGACCUUGUCGAAGCUUCCACUGAGAAUAUCAAAACUUAUUCGCUUACUGCCGUUCCUCGAAAGCGACGUAUUCUUGAAUUAUGGGCUGGUCGAAGCUUUGGACGUAUAUCAGUUUAUACGUUGAAAGAUAUUAAUCUUAUUGAAACUCAGGAAUUGGUGCAUGUAACUGAAGAAACUGCUAGUAAAAAUUUGUUUGCCACGCACGUAGUAAGCGCGGAAAAUUCAGUUCUAAGUUACACUUAUCCAGGUAGCAUAGUUUAUCAAUGGGACCUGGAGACCAAACAAAUCGUAAAUAAAUUAGAUAUGUCAAAACUGAUGCCUUGCUCGGAAAGUAUGAAAUCGAUAUCGAUUGAGGAUCAUUUGACGUCCGAAAAGUGUCAAGUUACAGCAUUGGAAACAUGCGCAAAUCAAUUGUACAUAGGGACUACUUGGGGUUGUAUAGUUAUUGCUGAAUGCAAUUCCCUGAGACCCAUUACUGUUUUCAGACCCUUUGAAGGAAAAGUAUCUCAGAUAAUUGCUUUCAAAGCGCCAGAUCGAAAAACGCUGAUUCUAAUAACUGUCGGUCAAGGAUAUAGAAGUUUGAUAACUAGGUAUACGGAUUAUCCAGUGGAUAGUAUAGAAGCCGAAGAAUUGAAACACAACAUGUAUACUCUACUCUGGAGAUCGGAGCACUGGUCGGCUGCGUAAUUAAACUACAACAAAAUCAUACUUGGGCAUAAGUAUAAGGUUGUCGUCCUAGAAAUAAUUUAACUAUAAGACGGGUUUAGUAUAGGUGCCUUCGAAUUAAAAUGAUAUUUUUUUUUGAAAUGUCAAAGUGUAUUUUAAGUCUGACGCGUACGAAAAUGAGAAUCAUGUUGCUGUACAUAAUUGCUAAACCAUUAUUUAGCAAAAUACAAGAGCCAUAAUAUUCUUUAUUGAGAGUAUUGAUAUGAGAUUCGGAAUUAUUGAUUUUACAAUGUAUUAUAUAUAUAUAUAGGUUAGAGAUAUAUAGGUUUGAAAUAUAUUUAAACAGAUAAAAAAUGUAUUAACUAUAUAUUAUUUGUUGAAUUAUCGAUCGAAUGCUAAAACAUGUAAAUAGAUAACUUUCACUUAAAUAACACAAUAAAAAAUUUUGUAUUUGAAAGUAUUUUAUCGAAUCGUAUUUUAACUUGCAAUAGACAUAAAUUAUGUGAUAUAAUAAUCCUCAUUUUGAAUAUUUUAAUUUAAAAUAUUUUUGCAUUAACGAAACUUCUAAUAGAUGAAGCAGAUUUAUUAUGUUUUUGAUAAAAUUAUAAUAUCGAUAAAAUCAUUUGACGACAAUCCUUAUUUACAUUACUUAUUUUUAUUCGACUAACAAAUAGAAAAGAUACUAUCUCAUGUGAAUUAUAGACAAGAUGAAUGAUAAUUGUAAAAAUAAGGAUGCAGUUUAUUUAAUAUUAGUCAUGCGGUUACUUUAGGCAUUAUAUUUACCAAAUUCCUUGAAUUUACUUCAUAGCAUUGGACAUUUUAUUGCAAUAACACAUUUAAUCAAAUCUAUUGUGUUAGAAAUCAACUUAUAAAUGAUAUUCCUUUAAUAAUGAAGAAAUGCGAAAUAUAAAAGUUUAUUAAUUUAUAUUUUCCUCAAUAAUUGAUCUCUAUGUGUUAAGGUAUUAACUAACACUUAUCAUUGAAUUUACUUCUUAUAUCCAAAUAAACGUGAUACAACUUGCGUCCACUCCAUUUUUAAGGUAUAGCAAAUAGACUUUUGAAUAAAGGAAACUUUUUCCAACAAAAUGAUCAAAAUAAGCAACGCAUUGUUAAUUACUAUCAUAAAAAUGAAUGUUCAGAUUAAAUAAUCGCUUAGCUAUUAAAAAGUUUUGACAAUGUACGUUUUUAUCUAUUUUUGCUGAAAAUAUUAAAUUGAAUAACGAUAAGACUUUUUUUGCAGCUUUUACAAAGUUGAUAAAGUUUCGGAAAUUAAUUAUCGUAAUUAAUUAAAGUCGCGGUGUUAUGUUAAUUUACUAAGGAUAUAACAUAUUUACUAAGAAAUAUAUAUUUUCGUAGUUUACCUUUUUGAUGUUUUCAAAAUCAACAUGGAUAUUAUGCUAUGAAAUUAUUUACUAGAGUUGUGCAUCAAGACUUGAAAUGAAAUACAAUCAUAUUAAUUCUCAAUAUGAUAAUGAAAAAAGGUGAGAAUAUGAAAUAUUGUUGUUUUUAUAAUAAGUGUAUUAGGAGUUACACGUUUUGUAUUACACUUCUACGCUAUGUAUAUUUAAUGGCAAUGCUUGUGAAUGUUUUUGUCUUAUCAAAUUGUAGAACUAUUUUAGUGUUUGCUCUAUUUUUAUAAUAGAUAUGGUUAUUAGAAAGAUUGUUCACUCUCAAUAUAUUAGUCUAGAAAAAUUAUGCAAUAGAACAUCGAUUAAUAUGGGUUAGUAUUAUAACUUUAAAUAUAUCAUUUUUGUAAUAAUGACGACGAUUCGGCGAUUACAAUUUUGUAAUAAAAUCCCACUACAAAAGAACAUCGAUAUAUACUCGUAUUAUUGCUAACAAUAAAUGUAGUAUUUUAUGACACAUCAAAUUAUGUU